GCCGCAUCCUCCCGUGGGAACAAUUCUGAGUGUUCAGGGAGCCUGGCAGGGACGGUCUUCUGACAAGUGGCCUCUGGAGGACGCCCAAGAAGAAAGGACCCGGCUGCCGGGCCUCCUCUCCCUCGGACCCAGCGGUCAUGGCCCCGCAGAGGGGACCACUGCUGCUGCUGGCCCUCAGCCUGGGCCUGGCCGGUGCCCAGAAGACCCUAGAUGACGUGCCGGUACAGCCCGGGUUUAAUGCCCACGAGGUGGAGGGACGCUGGCUGACUGUCCAGCUGGCUGCCAGCCGGGCCCACCUGGUCUCCCCAGACGACCCCCUGAGGCUCGGCCUCCAUUCCAUUUGGACACGGGGCGAGGACGUGGAGUUCGUCUUGUUCUGGACGGGAGAGGGGGUGUGCCAAGGAGUGAACAUCACCGUCCACCCAACCGGGCUCCAAGGCCAGUACCAAGGCUCCUUGGUAGGAGGCACCAGCAUGCACGUCUGCUUCGUGAGCACGGACUACAGUAGCCUCAUUCUUUACAUCCGCCUCGAGGAUGCUGGCGAGGUCACCAGCCUGUGGGCUCUUCUGGCCAGAAGAACGCGCGGGGACCCCACGUGGCUGCAGAAGUUCCUUGAGUACGCGGACAGAUUUCACCUGCAGAAAGCCCCUGUCUUCAACCUCGACGCCCGGUGCCCCGCAGCUGAAGCCUAGGUCAGGGCCGCCGGAGAUGUUCUGCCUGGCCCUCCUGACCCCUGCCCUGGCCUCCCUCCCCUCCCCCUGCCUUGCUUGCCCUGGGGCCUCCUGAACCCCUGGGCCACCUGAGGCAGCCCCUCAAGCCUGAGCCUGAGCCCAGCCUCCAGCCGUCCCCUUCCUGGCCUCCCCCAGCCGGGCCCAAGGGCAUGAGAAUGCUGUGAGUGGCCGGGAGGGGCCCCGCAGCCCCCAGGGCUCUGGGCCACCACAGACACAGCACUGCAGUGGCGCAGGGGACAACCCCGCUAGGGUCUGGGCUGGGGCUCCUCUGACCUGCUUCCACCUGGGUCCUGCUCUGGGUCAACUCCGGAGAGGUGCACGGGGCCGGGGAGCCAAGCCUCACGCCCGCCCAGGUCAGAGAGCACCGAGGGCGCCCAGUACCCACCCACGCGCUCCCACAGAAGAGCCAGGGAGACAGGUCCGGGCACCCGCACGACAGGGGAGCCGAGACAGCCAGCACCCUUUCCUGAAGGUCAAGGGGGCCAGUAGGACAGUGGCUGGACCCAAGCUGUCCCUUCUUCCCGGGUGAGCAGAAAACAACCCAGGGAAGGGCAGGCGCUGGGGAAACUGGGUCAGCGGCCUCCAACACGGGCCGUCUGGAAAUGUCAGAGACAGGUAUGACCAGAUCCUGCCCCAGAACCGCUCCUGCCAAGGCAAGACCACGCCCCUCCGACGGCCACGCCCCUUCGGAUGGCCACGCCCCCUCCGACGGCCACGCCUCCGCAAGGCAGCAUCCCCCACGCCCAACCAAGCGCUUGGGGUCAGCACCAGCGCCCCGGAGCCACCCGGCCCCCCGCAGACGUCCACCUGCCGCGCUCAGACGCUCCGCGAGACCAGCGGGUGCUCAAAGCACGAUGCUUGCCUGCGAAUCAGAAAACCCAAAUUCCAGACCCAGAAUGGCCGCGGUACAAUGAGAAAGUAAUGCUCAUUUAGCCAGAAAUCUGCAGACUUUAUACAGAGAAAAAAUGUUCAAGUCCUUCCUCGGGGACAGUGAGAAAGUGACUUAAGUAAAUGGACAUGGGGUUUCCUGCAUAGUCUUCAAUAUCAUAAAUAUGUAAUAAUCCUCAGGGUAACCUGUGCCUCCAAGAAAUUCAAUCAAUAUUUCAGCUGGGCGGGGCGAGGGCCCCUGGGGGCUCCAGCAGUGAAGCGUCUGCCUUCCGCUCGGGUCACGAUCUCGAGGUCCUGGGAUCGAGCCCCGCAUCGGGCUCCCUG